AGAUUCAUGUUGGGGUUUGCUCCAAAGUAGGUGUAAAUGGAUAGCUUCAAAGUAAUCGAGUCCCUGGGUGAGGGCUCCUUUGGAUCUGCUCUCCUAGUACAAGACAUUCAGUCCAAGAAAUGUUAUGUUGUUAAGAAAAUUUCAAUGCUGAAUCUAAAUAAGCAAGAAAAAGAUGAAGCUUUAAAAGAAGUGCAGGUGUUAUCGCAAAUGCAACACCCAAAUAUUAUAACAUAUCAUAGCUCUUUCGAGGAAAACGAUAAUUUGUAUAUUGUCACAGAUUAUUGUGACGGAGGGGACCUGUAUUCCAAAAUUAAAGCACAAAAUGGUGUGCCAUUCACAGAAGAUCAGAUUUUGGACUGGUUUGUUCAAAUAUGUUUAGCUGUUAAACAUGUUCAUGACAGAAAAAUAUUACAUCGAGAUAUUAAAACGCAAAAUAUAUUUCUCACAAAAUCUGGUAUUGCCAAACUGGGGGAUUUUGGAAUAGCUCGUGUGUUGAGUAACACAUCCGACCUUGCUCGAACUUGUAUUGGCACUCCUUAUUAUCUUUCUCCAGAAAUCUGUGAGAAUAAACCAUAUAACAAUAAGUCAGAUAUAUGGUCUCUUGGCUGUGUUUUAUAUGAGUUAAUUGCUUUAAAACAUGCAUUUGAAGCAAAAAAUAUAAAAAACUUGGUCUUAAAAAUUAUUAAAGUAUCAAUACCGCCCAUUCCAGAGCUUUAUAGUGCUGAUUUAAAGAACUUAUUAAAGCAAAUAUUUCGAAAAAAUCCCCAAGAGCGUCCAUCUGUGAGUUCCAUUCUAAGAAAGCCUUUAAUUCUGAAGCGUAUAUGUAAAUUUCUCGAUGAAUCUAAAAUUAGGCAAGAGUUCAAUGACACUUUAUUACAAAGGAAUUCUAGUUUAGCUUCUUUUCCCUCCAAACCAAAAGAACCUGAAACAAAAAUAACAAAUCCGGCAGCUAAAUAUGGCAUUUCUUUAGCAAGAAAAAAAGUGUUCAAACAGCCUACAAAAAGAGUUAUAAAAAAUUCAAAACAGUGCUUAAGCAAUAAUUUGAGAAAAUCAGGUCAGAAUGCUUUCUGUUUGGAUGCAGUCAGUGAAUUGAAGCAGAGACAUUUGCAAAAUUUGAGUAAUUCAUCAAGUCAAAAUUGUUCUUCAAAUAACAUCAGUUCUGCUGAGAUGUCUGAAGGCAGUAGCACUCCAUGUUCUAAUUUGAACAAAUCUGUCAUUGAACUUUCUUCUAUCCAGUUUUGUGAGCAAUCUUUCAAAAUGAAUUUUCCAUCUCUCGUUCCUACUAGUAAGUUUAUUCAUUUGCGAAGUGAUGACAUUUCUCCUUUUCUUAUUGCUGAUGUUAAGAAUGCGAACGGAGAAUCUGCAUGCAGCAACAAAAGUAAUACAUAUUUUGAUUCAAGAAAGAGUGCCUUAAACACUAUUUGUGAGCUAAAUUUACCGGUAAUUGAACAAAGAAGUGGUGACAAUUUAUCAGAAAAAAGCCCAAGAUCUAGAUGGGAAGAACCCAGGACAAAUCAGUUUCAAAACUUACCACUAGAAGAAACUGCAUCACAAAUGGAGACUACCUCUUGUAAUGACAAAGUAACAAUUUAUCAUCAGAGACCCCAUUCGGCUCCUCAUAUUGGUUGUAGAUUGAAUUCAAAAAAUAUAUUAACAAACAAUACAAAAACAAAGUUUUCGAACUUUAUUCCUAGCGUCAAUGUCAGAGUGCCUCAUGGUAAUUGUGCUGAAAAUCAAUAUUUUCAGUAUCAGAGUACAAAUAAUGCAUUUUCGGAGACAAACCAUACAAGAGACUCGCGGUGUAAAUUUCAUGAUGAUCUAAUCAAAGAAAAAGUACCUGAAUCAAAUUGUGUAAGUGAAGUUGCUUGUGGCAGACAUAUUGGAAUAGAAAAUAACAUUAAAGAAAUAACGCAAGCUCAAUGCAUAAAUUUAUCUGAAAUGGACAACAGCGAUCUUCUUCUGCCAGUAAUAGAUCAGGACAUGGAUAGUAAUGUUGCAAUGAAUUCUGAAUCUUCUGUGAAAUCAAAUGAAAGAAAUAUCAGUGGCAUUUCAUUCCACUUACCUUCUGUGUCUAAGCACAAUGAAUCAAAUAAUCUAAGUAAUUUGAAAAAUGGAACAUACUUAAUAAAAAGGACAGCCGUUCCUAGUGAAGCUAGUUGUCUGCAGCUUCCUACAUUAGCAGAAGAAAAAACGGGAAAUGAUUCGUCAGGUGCUAACAUCGAGAAUUCAAAUGCAUCCUUUUCUUGUUUAUCAGACAUACUGGAGGAAGAAUCCUGUAGUAGUGGCAAAAAUGAUAAAAAGUGUAAGUGCACAAAUCAUUGCAACACCAAAGAAAUUGGAAUUCAGUGUAAUUUAGGAUUUUUCUGUGAAAAUGUCAUUCAUUCCCCCAUGAAAACCGUUACUUCUGCUAUUAAUGCCAAUCAAUUUUUAAAGUGUAAUAGUUUACAAAAUUGGAAAAGGUGUUUUCGUUCCUUGCCAGACUUAACAGCUGUAGAGAAUAAAGCAAAUCAAUUUUAUUCUUUUGAAGAAGAUGGAUCUGUGAUGAGUCCUUCUACUAGCUACAAGGACUUACUUUAUGACUCAGAAGUACCUGAAUGUUUCAGUACUGCAUACAGUAACUUGAAUGAGGUGAUUGGACAUAAUGAUUAUUACAAUAUCUGUGAAUCUAUGAAGUCAGUUUUAUGUCAAUCUCAAAAUGAAGAAAUAAUGUCAGUUUGCAGUUCUUUUGAUCACGAUGAAAAUUCAGACAUUUUUAAUGAUGUAGAGCAGCUGAGAGAAUACCUUGAAAGAACACUUGGACUUGAAAUUUUUUUAAAAGCAUACAGGACAAUGUGUGAUGUAUUUGAAAAUGACAACAAUAUUGCAGAUGGCAUGAAAGCAGUUAUUCAUUUUCUCCCUUCUAAACAGAAGCAUUUGGUGAACGAUGUACUGCAGUUAAUCAUCAAUGAAGGGAUUUAUGUGAACUUACCUGCAAGUAAUUAAGCAAAAUGAAAAAUAUAGAAGCUAAGAUUCAGUGAAUGUACACAUAUUUUUCUUUUCUUAUGCUAAAAAUCUGACCUUAAGAAAACAUUAAGGGUAUUACUGCAAAAUGUUGAAAAUCAUUUUGUUAUAAACAUUUUAUUAUUAAUUACAUUAAAAUUUUAUGUUAUUAAAUCACAUUUUUUUUACUAUACUGCCAUAUUAUAAUUUUUAUAUUACAUUCUUUAUUGUGUCUAAUAUUUUAUUGUAUCUUGCGUUUUCCUUAUGGCGCAAGAAGACCAACGGUGUAACAUAUGAGUUACUGCAAAUUUUUGAAUAUCAGUAUUAUCACUAUACUUACUCAAUUCAGGUAAAAAGUAUUUAGAUUUGAAAAAAUUUAAAUAUUUUCUAUUAAUUGUGUGAAAAAACAAUAAAAUGUUAACCCAAUUCCCCCUGAUAAAUUAUAUGUGAUCUUCGUUAUUUCCUGGUAUCUUUCAUAUAAUUUAGAUUUUAGAAUAAUAAAUGUCUAUCUAAUAAAAAAUAACUUUAAAAUAAACCCUCUAUCAUUGCUGAUGGUUAUCUAAGAAGCUCUUCUCUCAUUUCAAGCACAGGGGAGUCAAUGAUUUGGAAUCAUAAAAAGCAACCCCUUAUGUUAAAUUCACUUCUGCUUGAAAUGCAAGACAAGUUGUGAUACAGUUAAUACAUAGAACAGUGGGAGCUUUUUUUUUCAUUAAAAUUUUUUUAAACUUCCACUAGAAAGUUUCUUUUUUUGUUAUUUAAAAAUUACAUUAAAGAGCAAAAUUCUUAUCCCUUAAUGUAAAAAGUGAAUUGUAUGUAAAAAGUUCUACACUUUUGUAUUAUUUAUUUCAUUGUUUGACUUCAAUGUAAUUAAUAACAUAAUUCUCAAAUUACUAUCUAAAGUAAUGUAAAGUUGUAGUUUAGAGUAUACAUGUGAUGUUUUAAUCACGCUGUUUUAAAAGUAAUUUUUCUAGUCAAAAUAUUUGAUGUGUAAAAAAUAUAUAUAUUAAAAUGUAAUGAUUUUCC